AGUGUGUUAUUUUGUAACUCAUCUCUCCGUCUCCACCUUCUUCCCCCUCUUCAUCCCCUCCAUAUAUAUUCGCAUCUCUAUCUGUUUCUCUUACAAUACAAUGAGUUUUUGAUUUCAAUUUCAUAUGUCGCAACCCAACACUAGUACCUCCAACAACAACCGUAAGCGCUCAUCUACAACCUGCACAUCUCCACAACCACCCACCACCACCACCACAACCGGCGGCGACAGCGGCGGCGGCGGAGGAGCUCACUUCUUGGCGAUGAAGAAGGCCAAAUCACAGGCCGUAUCUUGCUCUUUGGACAACAAAAACGGCUUCCAGCAACAUCAAUUUGAUAAUAAUCCAUCUGCCGAACCUUCUUCCAUGAUCGAAGAUCCCACUGAAAACGAUGCUGGACGCGCAUCCUCUGCUGGUGGAUUCACCGCCAAUUUGGCUCGUAAAAAAGCAACGCCUCCUCAACCAGCUAAGAAGCUCGUAAUCAAGCUACUCAAAGCCAAGCCAACUCUACCAACAAACUUUGAGGAGAACACAUGGGCAGUCUUGAAGUCAGCCAUUAGUGCCAUAUUCUUGAAGCAACCAGAUCCUUGUGAUUUGGAGAAGCUUUAUCAAGCUGUGAAUGAUCUUUGUCUCUACAAAAUGGGGGGAAGUCUUUACCAAAGGAUUGAGAGGGAGUGUGAAGCCCAUAUAUCUGCUGCUUUAAAUUCAUUAGUUGGGCAAAGUGAAGAUCUUGUGGUGUUCUUAUCACUUGUGCAGAAAACAUGGCAAGAUUUUUGUGAUCAAAUGUUGAUGAUCCGUGGUAUAGCAUUGUAUCUUGAUCGAACCUAUGUGAAACAAACUCCAACUGUAAGAUCAUUAUGGGACAUGGGGCUUCAACUAUUUAGGAAGCAUUUAUCACUAGCUUCAGAAGUUGAGCAUAAAACAGUUUUUGGCCUUCUGAAAAUGAUAGAGAGUGAGAGAUUAGGUGAAGCAGUUGAUAGAACACUCCUUAAUCAUCUUUUAAAGAUGUUCAUUGCCUUGGGAAUUUACUCUGAGAGUUUUGAGAAGCCAUUCCUUGAAUGCACAUCAGAAUUCUAUGCUGCUGAAGGAGUAAAAUACAUGCAAUACUCCGAUGUUCCAGAUUAUUUAAAACACGUGGAGAUAAGGUUGCAUGAAGAACAUGACAGGUGUCUACUCUAUCUUGAUGCUACUACAAGAAAACCUUUGGUAGCAACUGCUGAAAGGCAACUCCUUGAGCUCCAUAUUUCUGCAAUACUCGAUAAGGGUUUCACAAUGUUGAUGGAUGGGAAUCGAACUCAAGAUCUUAGAAGAAUGUAUACACUUUUCCACAGAGUGAAUGCCCUUGAAUCCUUAAGGCAAGCUCUUAGCUCAUACAUCAGAAAAACAGGUCAAGGCAUUGUGACAGAUGAAGAAAAAGACAAAGACAUGGUCUUCUCCCUUUUGGAAUUCAAACUCUCUCUUGAUAAAAUAUGGGAAGAUAGUUUUUCAAAGAAUGAUGUUUUUUGCAACACAAUUAAAGAAGCCUUUGAACACCUCAUCAAUCUACGCCAGAAUCGGCCUGCUGAGUUGAUUGCUAAAUUUUUGGAUGAGAAAUUGCGUGCUGGAAAUAAGGGUACAUCUGAGGAAGAAUUGGAGGGAACUCUUGAUAAAGUUUUGGUUCUUUUCAGAUUUAUACAGGGUAAGGAUGUGUUUGAAGCAUUCUAUAAAAAGGAUCUUGCAAAAAGGCUUCUUUUGGGAAAGAGUGCAUCUAUUGAUGCUGAAAAAUCUAUGAUCUCCAAGUUGAAAACCGAAUGUGGUAGUCAGUUCACCAACAAGCUUGAAGGAAUGUUCAAGGACAUAGAGUUAUCGAAGGAGAUAAAUGAAUCUUUCAAGCAAUCAUCUCAAGCAAGGACGAAACUACCCUCGGGAAUUGAAAUGAGUGUCCAUGUCUUAACAACUGGGUAUUGGCCAACAUAUCCACCAAUGGAUGUCCGCCUUCCCCAUGAACUCAAUGUUUAUCAGGACAUAUUUAAAGAGUUUUACUUGAGCAAAUACAGUGGUAGGCGAUUAAUGUGGCAGAAUUCAUUAGGUCACUGUGUCUUGAAAGCAGAAUUUCCAAAGGGCAAAAAAGAACUUGCAGUUUCCUUAUUUCAGACAGUUGUUUUGAUGCUGUUCAAUGAUGCACAAAAGCUUAGUUUUCAAGAUAUUAAGGAUGCUACAAGCAUUGAGGACAAAGAACUGAGGAGGACUCUCCAGUCCCUUGCUUGUGGAAAAGUCCGUGUCCUUCAAAAGAUUCCAAAAGGGAGGGAAGUGGAUGACAAUGAUUCCUUCAUGUUUAAUGAUGUAUUUACUGCUCCUCUUUAUCGUAUAAAGGUCAAUGCUAUCCAAUUGAAGGAAACCGUGGAAGAAAAUGCAAGCACCACAGAGAGAGUUUUCCAAGAUCGUCAAUAUCAGGUUGAUGCUGCUAUUGUUCGGAUUAUGAAAACUAGAAAAGUUCUGAGUCAUACUCUUCUGAUAACUGAACUCUUUCAGCAGCUAAAGUUUCCAAUAAAACCAGUUGAUUUGAAGAAGAGGAUUGAAAGCUUGAUUGAUAGGGAGUAUUUGGAGAGAGACAAGAGCAACCCUCAGAUAUACAAUUAUCUUGCAUGAAUCCAUCCAAUCCAAAUCAAAUCAAAUCAAAUGAAAACUUGUUUGUUUUUUUUAUCAAAGGAAUACAUUUUCCUUGGUCUGUUUAUGUACAGCGAUAGCUUUUGUUUUUAAUUGUAAAGUCUAAUUUGCGUUGUGCUUUUCACCUUAUAUUCAGAGUUCCUUACUACUAUUAUUCUCAUUUCUUAAUCCUACUCUUUUGCCCUUA